GCAACUAUUACGUGGGAAAUCAGAUUUUCCUCAGUUGAAGGUUCUGGAGUAAGGCACCCGCCUCCAUAGCCACCGCAACGCGCGUGCUGGCGUUCACUGAACUGACCCUUACACUGUGAAUAAGGUCGGAGUUUCAAAUGCAUUAGAGUGACCCAUACGCUACCCUUCAAUUGGACUGCACGGAUCGCGGGACAUUUAGGCAGGGUCGUCUUGUUCACAACACGCACUCCCACGCAAAACUUACGCAAAUUAUAUUUCUAUAAGGACACACUCUUACUCACAGAACAUUCUUCCUCUGUCUCGGCAAUAGACUGUGUGUACUUUUUUUUUCUUUCGGGCCGGGGCCGAGCCUUCUACGAGGUCCCCGCGCCUAGGGGGCGCACGGGGUAUGUGGGACUCAACGAUAUGCAGGUGUUGAGAGCAGACCGCGGGCCCAAGAAUUUUUAGGGCCCACCCACUAAACGACUCCCCUGCACUCUUACACCCGACGUUCGAUCUCCGUUCGGGGUCAGAACCCGGUCAGAGUAGGGGGGCACCCGCGGUCAACACUACAACCAGACAGGCGGCGCCACCCCGAGGACGCCCGACCGACGGGUCGUCGACUGACUGUGUGUAACAUGAGUCAAUGCACGGUGGUACUUACCCGCGCGGACUCACAAGACGUCCUACCACCACCCCCAAAACUAAUUCGGCAAUACAAAGAACGCGUUGACGCGAGCAAAGAGGGCCCGGCCUGCCCUCUGCCCGUCCCUCCCACUUACUACGUCGACGAAGACUGCCUGAGAAUCAACGUGUAUACUCCUAGUAACAAUGUCUCGAAGCCUCUCCCUGUGAUAUUUUACAUUCACGCCGGAGCGUUCUACUCCAUGACGGGCAGGAGCGACCUGGCCGGACCUCACUACUUGCUGGACAGAGAUCUGGUGCUCGUCACCAUCAACUACAGGCUCGGCUCUUUAGGUUUUAUAAGCACAGGCGACUCCCUGGCUCCUGGUAACAAUGGGAUGAAGGACCAAGUAGCCGCCCUGCGCUGGGUGCAGAGGAACAUCAGAGCUUUUGGAGGAGAUCCUGACUUAGUCACCAUUGCCGGGUGCAGUGCUGGCUCUAUCAGUGUGAUGCUUCACAUGAUAUCGCCUAUGUCUAAAGGACUCUUCCACCGCGGUAUAUCGAUGAGCGGGUCUCCGUUCGCGAGGGAGCCGCUACCGACAGAGCAGAAGAAUCUGGCCAUUCGUCAAGCCGAGAUCCUCGACUGUCCUACCAACUCCAGCAAGGCCAUCAUGGACUGUCUCAUGGCUAAAGAUUGGAGGGAGAUCGGAGAUUCAUUGCCAAAGUUCUUCGAAUCCGGGCCGGGCGGGCCGGUGGGUAUGUGGUGGCCGGUAGUGGAGGUGGAUGCGGGCCAGGAGCGAUUCUUGUCGGAGCAGCCCCUGGGCGUCCUCAGGUCGGGCCGCGCGCACACCGUGCCGCACAUCAUCAGCCAAACCAAGGACGAGUUCUUCUGGAAAGCUCCUCCGGUACUCCAGAACGAGACGCUGCUAGAUGAAUUAAACAACGACUGGGAGAACAUAGCGCCCAUAUACUUCAGCUUGCCGCAAGAGAACCGGACGGCCGCGGUGAGGGAGCUGAGGGCGCAGUACCUCGGGGACGGCCCGCUGCGGAACGACGAGCGUUCCACCCGCGCCCUCGGCAGACUCUACGGAGACUCUAUCAUAGGGUUCGGCGUUCACAGAAUGGUGAAGCUCAUGAGUCGUCACUCGGAGUAUCCAGUGUACUAUUACGUGUUCAGCUACAUCGGCAAUAACAGCUAUUACGUGGAUCCUGGCACCGGGAAACCAGCUGGAGCUGCUCACCACGACGACACCAUCUACGUGCUCACUCAGUCGUACCAGUUCCCCACCAUACAGACGGACAGCCCCGACUCCCACGUCGUUGACGAGAUGACUGCCAUCUGGUACAACUUCGCUAGACACGGCGAUCCAAACAACUGCGGCGACACCCCGGAGAUCGGGGUCCGGUGGCCGGAGUACGACCCCGCCAAGCAGCAGUACCUGGACGUGGGAGACAGACUCACUGUCCGCAAAAACUACGCUGAAGACAGAUUCCAGCUCUGGGAUGAGCUAUAUCCUAUACAAUACUAAUUUCUUUGCGGAAAGUUUUGAUUUUGAAUAAAAACUGCGGCGCCUUAAUAACAUUUUAAUAACAAUACUAAUUUCUUUGCGGAAAGUUUUGAUUUUGAAUUAAAACUUCGGCGCCUUAAUAACAAUAACAUUUUAAUAACAAUACUAAUUUCUUUGCGGAAAGUUUUGAUUUUGAAUUAAAACUUCAGCGCCUUAAUAACAUUUUAAUAACGUCCUUUUUGUAUUAAAUAAACCUUUGUUAUCGUAUUUUAACACCCGCAAAUCUUUUUUAUCUGUUGACAUGAACGAUACGUAUUUAUUAUUAGAAUCGGUUGAGGGAUUGCAUUAUAUGCCUUGUAUGUAGUUAUGUUAUCCAAAUAAAUCAUAGUUGUAUCAUUA